AUGUAAAAACUCGGUUUAAAUUAAUUAAAAGAACGUAUAUUAAUACUAAGUCCAACAGUUCAAGGCCGUUUAGAAAGUGAAUUAAAAACUGACGAUUUUCAAUUAAUCGAAAAGCUCGGCCAAGGAGCAUUCGGUAAAGUAUAUAAAGCAAAAUCUAAAAAGACAAACCAAUUAGUAGCUUUAAAAUAAAUGGAUAAAUAACAAAUAAAAAAUUAAGGAAUGUAUAAAUAAAUUCAAACAGAAGUUAAAGUAAUGUAUACUUUAGACCAUCCUAAUAUAAUAAAACUAUAUAACCAUUUUGAGGAAGAAAAAAGUAUUUUUUUAGUCCUUGAAUAUGCCGGAGGUGGAUAAUUAUGGAAAAUAUUAAGAGAAGUAGGUCGUUUUGAUGAAAAUACAGUAAAAAAAUACAUGGCCGAUAUACUAUUAGCCGUUGAGUAUUUGCAUUCAUAAAAUCCGGCAAUAAUACAUAGAGAUAUAAAACCCGAGAAUUUAAUUUUAAGUGAAGGCAGAUUAAAAUUAAUAGACUUCGGAUGGUCUAAUUUUAAAAAUAAUGAAAGAAAUACCUACUGUGGUACAUUAGAUUAUUUGGCCCCAGAAAUGAUUCUAGAAAAAGGACAUGAUGAGAAACUCGAUAUAUGGAGUCUAGGGGUUUUAUUAUAUGAAUUAAUUACCGGUAAAGCACCUUUUGGAGUAUCUAAUUUAGUUAAUGAUUAGAAUGAAAUGAGGAGAUAAUUAGAAUAAAAUAUACUAUAAGGAAAGAUCAAUUUUCCUAAUGAUUUUCCAGUUUUAGCAAAGGAUUUAAAUGCAUCCGGAUGUCGUUUAGAGUUUUUUAUAAAGAAUUUCUUAAUAAUAAUUAUGCUUAAGUGA